AUGGUGGACUUGGUAGACUACGAUUGCUCAGAGUGCUUCGACCCGGCUGCCGUGGGUCGGGGACGCGAGCCGCCGCGAGCCGAUUUCUUCGCGUACGAAAGCGAGGAGCUGGCUUUGCGGCGGGCCCCGCGCACUGCGUCCCGGCGCUGUUUGGAUCUCAAUGGCACCUGGAAGUUCUCGUGGAGUCCCCGCGCUGGCCAGUCUCCGAAAGGUUUCGAGCGAUUCGACUUCGAUGAUGCCUCCUGGGGUGGAAUGCCGGUGCCAGGAAAUUGGGAGCUGAAUGGGUAUGGGUUUCCCAUCUACACGAACGUGGACUUCAUUUUCAAGUGCGACCCACCGAACAUCAGGUAUCGCGGCGAUGACCCGGACUACAAUCCGACGGGAACCUAUAGAAAAAGUUUCGACUGCCCAGCAGACUGGCUGGCAAGUGGCCUACAGGUGUACAUUCACCUCGGGGCCGUGUGCUGCACCUGCCGUGCUUGGCUGAAUGGCCAAGAGCUGGGCUUCAGCACGGACAGCAAGCUGCCAGUGGAAUUCGAGGUGACGCCUCACCUACGUCCCGGUCGCAACGUUCUGGCCUUGCAAGUGCUGUGCUGGGGUGCCGCAGCCUACUUGGAAGACCAAGACAUGUGGUGGUUUGCCGGCAUUACGCGGGACGUCUACGUCUACGCCCGUCCUCGGCAGCACCUGCAGGACUUGGCCGUGCGAGCUGCAGCCGACGGAAGCCUGGAGUUGGAUGCGGAGGUUGUCUGCAACUCUGGACUGACAGGAUGCGCGCUGCAGUGCAGGCUCUACGAUGGGGCAGCGGAGCUUGCAAACUUUGCCGUGCCACUGCACCGGCGAACAAACAGUAUAGCCGUGGGCAGGAAGGCCGUGAGUGUGCCGGGCGUCAAGCUUUGGAGCUCAGAGGCACCUCACCUGUACACCUUACUUGUGAGCCUGAGGGAUGAGAAGGCCUUGAUGACGGAGGCUGUCUGCCUCCGGGUGGGCUUCCGAACAGUUGAGAUACGCCAGGGUCGACUACUGCUGAAUGGCAGCGAAUUGACCCUGCGUGGUGUCAAUCGUCACGAGCACCACCAGUUGAGGGGCCACGUUGUCGACCGCGAGUCUAUGGUGACGGACAUCCGCCUCAUGAAGCAAAACAGUUUCAAUGCAGUUCGUUGUGCGCAUUACCCGAACGACACUUUGUUCUACGAGCUUUGCGACGAGCUCGGCCUUUAUGUUGUGGAUGAGGCAAACAUUGAAAGUCACGGCAUGGACUUCAACUGGGACAAGACCUUGGGAAACAAGGAAGAGUGGGAUGUGGCCCACAUGGCGAGAGUGCAGCGCUACGUGGAACGUGACAAGAACUUCCCGAGCAUCAUCAUCUGGUCUUUGGGGAACGAAGCUGGCAAUGGAAUCAAUCAUCACCGGACCUACAUGUGGCUGAAGCGCCGAGAUCCAACACGGCCUGUCCAGUACGAGCAUGCAAGAUGGAGAACUGAUCCAGACUGGAACACGGACAACAUUGAGAAAAUGGACGCGAAUACCGACAUUUACUGUCCCAUGUAUCCCAGCCACAAGAAGCUGGAAAAGUAUGGGGAGCUUUACGAGGGCGACGUUCAUGCGCGACCUCUCAUUAUGGUUGAGUAUGCCCACGCUAUGGGUAACUCUUUGGGAGCUUUCAAAGAAUACUGGGACGUCAUCUACAAGUAUGACGUCCUACAGGGCGGCUUUAUUUGGGACUGGGUCGAUCAAGGGCUGGAGACCCAGAAGAACGGCAAGAAGAUUUGGGCCUUUGGUUCGGAUUUCGGGGGCAAAGACACCCCGACCGAUUUGAACUUCUGCAUCAAUGGUCUUGUUCAGCCGGAUAGGAAGCCGAAUCCACACCUCUUCGAGGCGAAAAAGGUCAUGCAGUUUGUCACCUACCGAGCUGUGGAUUUGGCCAGGGGCAUCAUCGAAGUUCGAAAUCGCUACGAUUUCCUGACGCUGCAGCAUCUGGAGUUCUCGUGGCAGAUAUCCCGAAACGGCGUGGUCACAGAGUCGGGCAAGUUGCCAGGCUUGAGCACGGGCCCGCAUCAAGCGGAGAACAUUCAGAUUCCGUUGCCUCAGAUCAAUGCAGGACCACGUUGCGAAGUGCACCUGCUUGUGUCUGCCUCCAUGCGAGCAGCCGGGGGAUGUUUCGAAGCUGGCGAAGAGGUCGCUUGGGAGCAAUGGCUCCUCAACCAGCCUCCCCACAAGGAGGUGCCAGCGACCAUCACUGGCCCGGAGCCGGCAGUGGAUCAGUCUCCGGAGCUGGUCACAAUCACAGCCGGAGCCCUCACUGCGCGCAUCGAAGUGUCUCGCGCUUGCCUUUCUGGCCUCGCCUUUGAGGGCCUUGAGCUCCUGGCCUCACCGCUGCUGCCAAACUUCUGGCGGCCGCCGACGGACAACGACUACGGAGCCAAUCUGCAGAACGACAUGAAGUGCUGGAGGUUCGCAGGGCAGAGGGCCACAGUGACGAAUGGUCUUCGCAUCGAACCCGGCCGGGGUGCUGUGAGGAUUGGUGCAGAGCUUCUGGUUGGAGCAGGUGCCAAGCUAUACCUGGACUUCCGGAUUUCCUGUACUGGAGUGGUGGUGGCGGCGAAGUGGCGGCCUGCUAGGAAGGAUGGACCACAGCUCGCCACCACGGGCUCCGUGGGAUAUCUGAAGGGCUCAACCCAUCGCCACAUCGAUGUGGAAGGAAGUGUGGUGCGAGCACGUUGGAACGACAUGGGUGCGUGGCAAUCCCUGACGAUGAACGUCGCCGGCAAGGAAGCUGGAAAGCCGCUGGAAGACGGUGACAAGCUCGCACUGCAGGCGGUCACCGGCAAGACCGAGAGCAAGCUUUUGCUGCAUGGUCUUGUGCCAAUCCCCUCUGCUGGCACAACGCCUCCUGGUUACGCUGGCGCAGCCUGUGCAGUUGAAGCUACAGGAGAUCCUCAGGAUCCGAUCUGGACACUGCGUAGAGUGGCUGGCAAGGGCCAGGUGCUUUCUGGCGACAAGGUGACACUGGAAGCUGGAGGGAAGUUCUUGGCAGUGGUGGAGAAUUUCGUGGUAGCCGUCGACGUCGAGUCGCCUUUCACGACGUUUCUUCUGGAGGUCAAGGACCAACCAGCUCCCAUGAGGAUCGGCUUUGCCGGAUCCCUCGUUGAUGGUUUUCAUGACGUCGAGUGGUUCGGCAGAGGUCCUCAUGAGUCUUACUUGGAUCGCCACGCCUCGGCGCGUGUGGGCCUUUUUCAGGGCUCCAUCGCCGAGCAGACUGUGAAGUAUGUUCGGCCCCAAGAGAACGGCAACAAGUUCGAGACCAGAUGGAUGGCAUUGAAACGACGACCUGCAGACCCCUGCACCAUGAUGCUGAUUUCAGCGGCGGGCCAAUCCCAGAUGCUGCAGAUGCAGUGUCAUCACUUUGCGCUGGAGGAUUUCGAUGGAGGUGAUGUGAAGGCUCAGCAGAGCUUCCUGCAUGCCGGGGAGCUCAUCGAGCAGCCCACCACGGCCUUCUGCGUCGAUGCGAUCCAGAUGGGGGUGGGUGGGAUCGAUUCCUGGGGGCGAAAGCCUUUGGACGAGCACCUGAUCAAGCCGGAUGAAGAGUGUGAUUGGUCCUUCCAGCUGAUGCCAUGCAAAGAAGACUUCGAUAGCGACUGGCGCCGGAGGCUGCUCUAA